CUAGGAGGCUAUGGCCGUGGUCGAGCCGAUUGUUAGCGGCUUAGAGGUUCUUUUUUCGAGCGGGCUUUUAUGUAGCCUUAGUGCAGCGAGAUCGCCUCGUUAAUUCGGUUUAUUUCGAAGUGCCCACAUUUUAAAAAAACUGAGAAUCUCGGUGAUGAGCUCGCCGCACAAGUCCGGCAGUCGCCGAAGCGUUGCUUUGGCGCCUUUAUUGAACGGAAACGUAAAUGGGCUCAUACCGCGCGUACCCAACGGUGACGUCGCAGGCGAGGCCGGUGCCGAAGACCGAGGUUUGCCUUGCGUACUUGUGAGACGUCUAACAGACCAGGAAAUUGUUGAGGCCACCAGGCAUUGGGCGCCCGCACAAGAGUUUGAGGUCGAAACAGUUUUGGACAUCAAGAGAGAAAAAGGAAAGACAUGGUUUCUUAUUAAAUGGAAAGGCUGGAGCGAACAAUACAAUUCGUGGGAGACGGAGGAGAGUGUCCAGAAUUGCAUGGCACUCGUUUUGGAGUGCUGUGUGCGGACAAACUCAACCUACAGAACUUCAUUGGUACAGAGGGCAGUCAGACUCGCCUGCAACGCUCAGAACCCUGAUGUUGCAGUACUGUGCAAGCUUGCUAACUUCACCAUCCCCGAGAAUGGGUUCAUCCGCAAGCAGGACAUCAUCGACAUGAGAAAACAGGUCCUGCAGAUGUCCGCGCAUCGGUCUGGACAGAUGUCACGCAUCAUGAAGGCGUUUGGUUCGUGGCAGUUGUUCGUGUCCACGGUUGAAGAGCGGCAAGCAUUAGCUUCCACGCUGGCCUACUGGGAAAAGUACAUUCAAGUUGCCUCAGGAACGUACGACCCCAAUUCAAGCAAACCUCUACUGCGUGUAGAGAACUACGUCGAUGAAGAGGCACCUCCGGCUGGAUUUGUGUACAUAAAGGACUUUCUGCCGGGACCUGGCGUGGUGUUCCCUGAUGACCCCAAGAUGGGCUGCAGCUGUGCCAAUUGCUAUCAAGACCGCAAGGGCUGCUGUCCGGCAUUCAACGACCUGAGGUUUGCGUACACGGCUAACGGCACCUUGAGUGCGCCUUUUGGGAGCCCCAUCUUCGAGUGCAACCGUCUCUGCAGCUGCGACAUGAGCUGUCCAAACCGAGUAGUGCAACGAGGGUGCAAGAUCCCACUGACAAUAUUUAGGACAACAAAUGGUCGUGGGUGGGGCGUUCGAACGGAGCAGCGCAUUCGAAAGGGCACAUUUGUCAUGGAAUACUUGGGGCAGGUCAUCACAGAUGAAGAAGCCGAAAGACGUGGCAGGUGGUAUGAUGAACAAGGCACGACUUACCUCUUUGAUCUCGACUACCACCUAACGGAUGAAUCACAAGAUCUAGGACCGCAUCGCAGAGAUGAUUCAAUGAAUCAAGGAAGGCACCACACAGAAGAGCAGGAUGAAGGAACGCCUCUUGCAGACGAAUCAAUGGACCAAGGAACACUGUACACAGUGGACGCGGGGACAUAUGGGAACAUUGCUCAUUUCGUCAACCAUUCCUGUGAGCCAAACAUGGCAGUGUGCAUGGUUUGGAUCAACAACUUGGACCUCCGGAUGCCCCGCCUGGCAUUCUUCACUAACAGGGAUAUCUGCACUCACGAGGAGCUCACUGUGGACUACAAGAUGUCGCCUGGAGCAGCAACGCCGGACUCCAAGCGGCCCCACAGUAAAAUCCGCAUCCCGUGCAAGUGUGGAUCAAAGAAGUGCCGCAAGUUUCUCAACUGAUGACUGCGGAGAGGCGCAUGCAAGGCAAGGAAAGAAGCAGCAUGCAAGGAUGAGCUGGACUGAGGCGCGGUCGCACUGCGUGCGUUGCGAUCUACUACACGCUGUCCCUUCUGAACAUUGGCCACUUGUGGUCCUUCUUUUGACCGGUUAUCGCACAUUUAGGGCUGUGCAGUGGCUUGUCACUUCUCAUUACUUCAUGCUUAUGUCAACUGGACCACAAUCAUCAUCGGGGAGCUACUACGCGGAUGUCCCGGUUAGGUCAUCAUGCUGUGACUCCGCCAGAAGAUUUAAGGCAUUUACUUGGCAUGCCAUAGGUGCAAAAGAGGAUAGCUGAAAGGCAGAUAGAAAAAAAUGCACAUUGGAUGGUAAGAGCUGGCAGCUUGAGGAACUGGAACGUUGGUCCAUUUUGCGAUACACUGCCUUUACUGGAAGGUGUCAUUGUCACUGUGCUGGCACCAGACUUUCCGUCAGCUAGAACUUCUGUUUGUGCUUGCGUCCAAGUUCUGGUCACGUGUUUUUUGUCCACUGUGGCAUGUUUGUUAAGCGAUUGAUUGUAGGGGUUACAUUUUUCAUUUUGGGUACUGACAAUGUGAUUUUCUUUUAAUGCUAGCUGUCCAGAUUUGUGGGACCUUUCCUUCUUUCUUCAUUUUUCAUUCAUCUUUUUUUUUCAUUCAGAAGAAAGCAGUGUUAACUGUGGUGUUGUUAUCUCAUUGUUUUAACCAUUUGUUAAUAUGACACAUAAGAAAGAGUAUUUUUCAUGGGAUGUGUGGGUCAUUGUUUCAGUUUUCAUGUGUGGAAGUCCUUAAUUGAAAAAUAAAGUUUAACUUAUGUCUUCCUAUUCACACUGUUGGUCAAUAUCAUCAUUUAUGUUAUAAUCUUUUUGUUUAUGAUGUAAUAGGAUACAUAGAAUAAUUGGUACAUGGGAACCAUUGUUGCAUAACAUGUAAAUUGCCUACAUAAUUCGUGGGAUACUUGAAAAAUCUAAAAGCUGAGCAUUUUUUUUUUCAAUAUAAAUGAUCAGAAUUUAGUUAAAUUUUGGGGGUUUCUUAUGCUAGCUAGCGCUUUUGGCAGAUUCGUUUAUUCCUCUAUUGCUACUGGUAAAAAUCGCUACUUAAAUCUGCAAUAGGUUGAUUAGUGUAGGCAGUGUACACAAGUGUUGAGGAGAAGGACUGAAGUGCAAGUAGGUGGAAGUUUAACCGAAACAGAGCUUGGUCUCCCUGUGGCAAAAAUGUUGGGGCUCCUUUAAGCACAAAAUAAUGUCAUUCUCACAAACAAAAUUGUGCUACCUGGAAUGAGAGAAGCUUUACAAAAACACCAAUUUUUCCUUUUUCUUCAACUUUUUUUUUUUCAUUUCUUCAAAGUCACUCUGCCUACUUAAGUGAAUGUCAGCAAGAUCCCACCGUGCCAUAUUUCUUUAAUAAUAAUAUAUGAUGGUAUAUCAGCACAUUCUUACAAUAAAGGGUAUAUGGUCACCAAUCAAUAAACUGUAACAAGCAAGGUCAGAUUUCUUUUAACUGCGCAUCAAGCAAACAGUACUGUCAGAAAAGAUGUAUUAGUGUGUGUAAUAGUGCUACUACUAAGCUUUGAAUGGUGCAAGAUUGCUGUUGUUCAGAUUCAGGGAUAGUUACACCGCACACAAUGUGGUGGACUGGCUCUGCUAAUAAUAGUGGUGUCACCCAUUGGCAGAUCUGGAGCACUUUUCGUACUACAAUAUGAAUGCAGUCUCACACCAGUUGUUAGUUACUACAGCAGAAAAACAUAUGGUACUCUCUUCAAGUUACAUGGUUAUAUGACUGUCUAUAAGACAUUUUAAAGGCUUGUUAAUAGUUAAAUGAUGUAAACUUUUCCUACAAGUGUUUAUUCUUUGUGUGUGUGUUGAACAUAAGUGCCGUAAGCAAAGUUGAAUGUAAGACCUUGUUUAAGCGAAGUGUGGUUAAAAGGCUUGAAAUGUUGUUUGCCUGUAAACACUUCUGCAGCGUGUGAGCUAAAAAAAACAUGCUCUACACACAAGUGCACUUUUUUUUACUUCUUUAAAGGAGAGUGUGCCUGUUUGCACUUCAUUGUUGCGGCCCAGUUGAGCUCACUGCCGCUUUAUGGCAACAAAAAUAUUUUCGGUGAAUAAAAGCUGAACUGCAGUCGUCCAUUGUCGACUUCUGUUCCGCAUGUUUUGAGACAGAAAGCGUCAUCAACAAACCUGCCAUUUGAGUUUGUUACAGUGAGCUCACUCAUGUUGUGUAGACUACUUUUAACUUGUCUUUGUGUAUAACAUUAAUUCAUUUUCUUAACACAUACUGUAAGCUUCUUUAAAUAAAAGCUCUUGUUACAUAGUGUCGUUA